AUGACCCAGCUCUGCUUACCCAGGCCCAAAGCCCUUGCUUAUCCUAUCCCAGUCCCUCCCAGAGGCCUGCGUACUGGCGAAGGGUCCUAUAGUCCAGUGGGUCCAUGUAUGUCCCCCUGGCCUAGCACGGCCCAGCUCUGGGACAGCAUCCUAGGGUGGGGGGCACUGGGGCUGACGAUUCGUGCAGUCUCUUCCCCAGCUGGCCCAGCCUUGCUGCUGCUGCUGCUCCUGGUCAGCUUCCUGGCCUUUGACCUGCUCCACUGGCCCACAGGCCGCCCCCAGCCACAGCUCACACUUCUCCCAGGAGGCCAGAGUCAGGGUGCCGGCGAGGGUCCAGGACAGCAGGCGGCUGUACUCCCACCUCCAGGGACAGUCACAGGACGACUCAGCCCCCAAGAGGCUCUGCUCCUGCUUCUCCUGGGCCUGGGGCUGCUCCUGGGAGUCCACGGCAUGCCCUGGGCCCUGCUUGGCCUGGCUUUCUGCCUCCAUCCUUGGGCCUGA